AUGAACCUGAACAACCAGACCUGGGUGACAGAAUUUCUCCUUCUGGGGCUUUCUGAUGACCCUCAGACUCAGCUGCUGCUCAUUAUAUUGUUCUUAGGGGUCUAUUUAGGUACUGUACUUGGGAGCCUACUUCUCAUCUACCUGGUUUUAACUGACUCACACCUCCACACACCCAUGUACUUUUUCCUUUUCCACUUGUCUCUGGCUGACCUUGGUGUUUCUACCACCAUUGUUCCGCAAGCCCUUUUCCACAUGCUGACCAGGAAGAAGGCCAUAUCCUUCAUGGGCUGUGCUGCUCAGCUUUUCUUUACCCUCCAUUUUGGAUCUACACAGUGUUCACUAUUAGCUGUGAUGUCCUAUGACCGGUAUUUAGCGAUCUGUGACCCCAUGCAUUACUCUCUCAUCAUGACAGGGCGACUCUGUGGACAAUUGGCAUUGGUGUGCUGGGUCUGUGGUAUUGUGGUAUCCUCAGUUGAUACUGUAUUCACUCUCAGCCUCCCUUACCAGGGAGACAAUAGGAUUGCUCAUUUCUUUUGUGAUGCCCCAGUUAUCUUGACCCUGGCAUCAGGAGACACUCAUAAAGCGGAAGUAGCCAUUUUUUUCAUGGGUGUGGUAAUUCUGCUUACACCUGUAUCCCUGAUCCUGGUCUCCUAUGGCUUUAUCAUAGUGACUGUCAUCAGGAUGAAGACAACCUCAGGAAGACUCAAGGCAUUCUCUACCUGCGGCUCCCAUCUCCUUGUGGUCAUCCUUUUUUAUGGGACACUGAUAAGUUCCUUCAUGACACCUAAGACCCUAAGGGAGCAGAUGAAGCAGGUUGCUGUGUUCUUUGUUGUCAUAAAUCCUAUGCUUAACCCUCUUAUAUACAGCCUGAGGAAUAAGGAAGUGAAGAGGGCUUUCAAAACUGCAGUUAAUAGGAAGUAA